AGAUAGAUAUGUGAUACGCGCAACGUAUGUUGACUGUAGAAUAUUAGUGCGAAUGAUUAUUAAAUAAAAUGAAUACAAAACUAUAUUUAUCACCAAUAAUGCUGCACUGGAAUUGCAUCUCAUCCAACGCUGAUUAUGAUUUCGGUGACACUCAAGUGGCCAUCGGCCCUUAAAUUUUCCGGCCUAAUCCCGGCCACUUUCGAAGCCUUUGUUUCCACAUACCACCACCUCUCCACCUUUCUCCGGUCGGACUCCGGCUCUUCAAUCGUCUCCUUCGUAAUGUACUCCGCCGGCACUUUUCUCGCAAUCACUCUGCCUGCAUGGAUAUUUCUCUACUUCAGAAAAAUCAAUAAACCCUUCAUUCGCGCCGCCGAUUCGGCGCCCCUCGUCAACGCCCCCUCUCCGGAGAGACGCGUGGGCCCUAUCGUGGAUAACGGUAAAAGUUUUUGCCGAUGUUUUGAUUUCAUAUUGAUGGAAGGAAAUCACAUGCAAAUGAUUUUUGAGAAGAAAUUGGACCGUUAGUUAAUUACGUUUUAGAAAUUUAGAUAUGUUUGUGGUGAUUAUUUAAAUCGUUAAUUAUCUUUAGGUCAUGGUCCAAUUUUUUGCAUUUUCACAGUUUUGGGGAAUUCACUGCAUUUUCUGAUAUUGCUUCAUUUUUCAUUUUGUAUGUGUGUGUUUAUUACCUAUUGAAGCUGUGGCGAUGAAUUGAUUUGUUCUUGAUUCGAUUUAUGGUUUUUAUGUAGAUGGAGUUUUCAGUGUGAUUGAGAUGAUAUGUUAUCAAUUAGUUGUAAUAAACUUGCAACUCAUGAUUAGUUCUAUGUAGCUCACCAGUUAAUAUCUAACACUAUGAUUAGGUGUGAGAACCUUAUAUCGCAAGGGAAAUUCCCUUUGAUGUGGGAGUUUAUCAUUAAUCAGGCUUGUUUAAAACUACAAAUGAUUCUUGUUUUGUGUUUCUUUGUUUGAGCACGGGAUGCUUUCAAUAGAUGUCUUCUGUGUUUAUGCGUUUGUAUUCUACACAUACAACAAUCAGUUUUUCCAUCUGUGGCUAGCCCGUUUGCUAGUUGAGUAACACUACGUAGUAGGUUUGCCCGGAGUGCCAUGACGAGAUAGAGGAGGCAGCUUAUGAAGGUUUAAGCAUGGUCCCCUGCUAUACAUUACAGGUGGUUCUCGUUUUACCUUAGCUUGCGAGUUAGUAGACUCGUAUUUUACCACUUGCUCAAGCAUUAGUGUUUCUUUUUCACACAAUGAGGUGAUCCCUAUAUGUUUCCUAUCUCAGCAUACUCUGGAGGAAUCACGAGAGGCCUAGAUGUUGCUUACGAAGAUGCAUUGACAAUUGGUGAUGCUGAUUACGCUGAGGAACUUCAGUUCCAAGAAACACUGAUAGCCUCAUUUUUCACUUCAGAGUUGGAAAAUAUUCCAUCUUCAUCUGUGCAAGAACCUAACGUCUACAAAGGAGUGACGAAGCCUGAGAUUGCUGAGGAUUCAUACCAAAGCUUCUGUGGAAUAUGUUUGGAAAACAAAGAGAGCUGGCUGAUGUUCGCGAAUGAGACGUGUGACCACUCCUUCUGUUACGAAUGCACAACCAGCCAUGUUGUAGCAAAGAUCCAAGAUAAAGUGAGAGACAUAGCCUGCCCUGCACCAGGCUGCAACGCUGUACUUGACUUUGAUGCUUGUAGGCUAAUGAUUUCCGAUGAAGCCCUUGUUCAGUGGGACGAGUCCCUCUGCAUGUCACUCAUCCCUGAAUCUCAGAAACUGUACUGCCCUUUCCGUGACUGCUCAGCUCUGCUCGUGAAUGAUCAUGGGGAUGCCUUUGAGAAGCUAAGAUGCCUGGUGUGCAGCAGGUGGUUCUGUGCACAGUGUCGCGUCCCUUGGCACGUGGAUUUCACGUGCAAGGAGUUCCAGAAGCUAUAUGCGAAGAAGGGAGGGAAAGUGGACAAGAUAGUGAAGGAACUCGCGAAGAAGAAGAGCUGGCAGAAGUGCCCCAAGUGCAAGAUGUAUGUGGAGAAAACAGAAGGCUGCGUGCACAUUACUUGUAGGUGCAAAUACGAGUUCUGCUACAGAUGUGGAGCCAAAUGGUCGGAUUCUCACGGCAGCUGCCGCCGGAAAUCGUAGAUGCACGGAGCCGUGGCUUCUGCUCUGUAUAUAUGUUUAUUGGUCUUUAUUAGUGUAGAUGCUUCAAGGCAAGAGUUAUUAUGUUUAGAUGUUUAGACAUAUGUUUGCAAGAAUUAGGAAUCUCCUCCUAGCUUGAGCUGUUUAAUUUCUUGUACGUACAGUUUCUCCUACACAUUGACCUCUAAUCCAGCUUCUUCUUUCUGACCUCUAA